UAACUAGACCGUGUGUGAAAGCAUUUUGUGGUUUAUUCCGCUCUUCAGUGCUGAUAGUCGUCUCGCUGGGCUUUGAAACACAGUCCGUGUUGACUUCCGGAUUGCUGAAGUCAAGCAGCAGCGGGACUGUCCUGAAGCAUUAGACACUGAGUGUAGCCUGUUUCAUGCCUGCCUUACAGACAUCAAGACACGAGCACCGGGGCACUGGAGCACCGGCAUCCCACCACACGAGCCGCACAGGUCACCCCACCAGCCCUCAUAACACCGGUUCAAACCGAGGCUCUUUAGAAACCAGUCAAAGUCAAUUAGGAGCAGCUCCGUGUCCAGAAAUACCAACUCCAGCCCAGGAUAUCAUUUAAAACAGCCGGUGAAAGUCACAGCAGAGCUGGACCCGGUGCGAGCAGCAUGGACUGGUUGAUGGGGAAAUCCAAAACAAAGUCCAAUGGAAAGAAAGCACCAGCUGAAGAGAAGAAGCACUACAUGGAGCCAGAGUACACAAAAGUGCGAGUCGUGGACUUCGACCUGAAAGAUUUGGUGUCGCUUCCCACCAAAGAGAUCGACCUCAACGAAUGGCUCGCCAGCAACACAACAACCUUCUUCAAUCUCAUAAAUCUGCAGUAUAGCACGAUCUCAGAGUUUUGCACUGGGGACACAUGUCAAGCCAUGACGGCCUGCAACACGAUAUACUACUGGUAUGACGAGCGGGGGAAGAAGACGAAGUGCACUGCGCCUCAGUACGUCGACCUCGUCAUGACCUUUGUGCAGAAAUUAGUGACAGACGAAGAAAUCUUUCCCACAAAAUACGGCAAGGACUUCCCCAACUCGUUCGAGUCUCUGGUGAAGAAGGUCUGCCGGUAUCUGUUUCACGUCUUGGCUCACAUCUACUGGGCUCACUUUAAAGAGACGGUGGCUCUGGAGCUGCAGGGACACUUGAACACACUCUACGCACAUUUCAUCGUCUUCGUCAGAGAGUUCAACCUGGUGGAGCCCAAGGAGACCUGCAUCAUGGACGACCUGUCAGAGGUGCUGUGCACCCCCCUGCCGCCCCAUUCACACAACCACGUGACCGAGAGAUGAGCCUCGAGCUGGAGGACGACGAAACCCUCCUCGGACGGGCCCCUCCGUCACCGUUUCUCCUGAGAACUGAUCAAAACAUGGGGCUGAGGGCCGGCGGUCUGCAGUUCUCGAACCAGCACAGAUUGACAUGAAAGUUUCCUACAGGACGAAAACAAUCUGUCUGCAUUCUCGUUUAUACUCGAACAAUUGAUAUUUUACUUUGCAUUUUUAUUAUCGUUUUCGCGCAUGCGCUCUCGGAGGUUUUCUUUUAGGGAAUGGUGCUUCAGCUCGGCUCUCCCCAGUGCCUUAGAUUUACAGCUAAGGUAUUGUCUGUUUAUACGCGACAAUGUUUAGAAGCGUAUCGUUGACCUCUGGCUCCCCCUUGUGGAGGGAGUGACGUCACGUACCGACUGAUUGUUUAUGAUCGCUGCAGCCUUAUUUCACAGAGUGCAAAAUCUCUCUUUUUUCAUAUUCUAGCCAUCGUUAUAUGUGUGUUGUGUUUUUAAAUGAUUUCCGAUGUACUUAUUAGCCUUUUACGAUGAUGUAUAAAGGGUUUGAUGGUUUGAAUGAUGCUUUAGAGAAAGUCUGGAGUUGCUUUGUAGGUUUCCGACAAGGAUAUUAGCGAUAUCUGCUUGUCUGCUCGCUCUGAGAGACGCUGCAGACGCGGACUGAUGAUUGCUGCGCGGCAGUUGACUUGCUGUGUUGCAUUGAUGAGCACAUCCUCCUGCGUCAUGACCUUUAUUCUUGAUUUCAUUUUUUUUCUUUUUAAGUUGUCAGAGGUCAUGGAUAUUGUGGCAGCCCACGUGUGUAGAAGAUGCACAUUAAGUUUUUGUUUCACGAGAAAUAGAUUGAAACUAUAUCUAUAUAUAUAUAUAUAUGUAUAAUUAAAAAAAUCACAGUAAUUGCCUUUAGCGAGAGAGCGUCUCUCCUUCUUAUUUUAUUUAUUUUGUACUCUUUAUCUAUUUGCAGAGUUCUUCAUUUCUUGCUUUCUUUUUUAUGUUUUAAUAAUCUAAGUUAAAAGCCACCUAAUAUUUUAAACUCUGCGAAAUAUAAUCAAAUAAAAACAAGAAAUGCCACGCUA